UUCUCAUUCAUGCUACCAUUUGCGGUUGUGGAUUUUUUGCAUGGUGGAGGUGUGGCAAUAUUACCCUGCAAGUGGUUUACUGGACCAGAGGAAGAUACAUGUUACUGGCCACCAGGACGACUCAACAUAAGCAAGGCAGUAAAAGAUGAAAUUCUUCCGAACCCUACUUGGCCCCAGUUCAAAGUGCGUGUCCUGGGAAAAGCAGGAACCUAUGCCCACGCCACAGAAAAGCUUUUAAAGGCCGAAGCGACCUCAGACUUACAGACGGAGUCAGAUUCUGGAAGGCGGAUGGGAAAAGGGAAUCGCAAAAGAAAGCCAGUGUGUCUGUCAAGCUCUGAUGAGGAACUCGGUGGUGCCGGGCAUGAUCAUCCAUCCAGUGUGCCUUCACCUCAACCAAUUCCAGAGAACCUCCAACCGCAGGCUCCCCACUCACUCAAGACCCGUCCAUUUAUUCAACCACCUUCAAUUCCUUUAAUGACCGUUGCUUCAGAACACCCCAGCAGAGUUCUGCAAGGUGCCAGUUCUGCAUUUAGAGAUGCCAUGUUUGCACGUCUCCUAACCGUCCUGGAGGAAAUAAAGGAGACGCAAAGGGUCCAUGGGAGGAUGAUACAGUCACUCCUCACACAACGGGAUGCAAGUGCAGUUACAGCACUUCCAGAAGAUGUUGUUUUCCCACUGAGGACGGUCUCGGAUGUUGCUGCAAUGGAGCAAAAAUUGGCAGACCCCACCUUCCACAAACAAGUGGUUGGCGUGGUGGCAGAAAUUGGAGGGAGAUCAUUGGAUGAAGCCACCAGAAGAAUGAUGGCCUUCCUUUUUGACCACACCCUAUCUAGAGAGUAUAUUUUGUUGGCCGCCAUGGAAAGCAAGAGUUUCGGGGGCUCAAACUGUUUGAGGUUGUAUAUGGAAAGAAAUGCCCUUACAAACCAUAUUACAAGAAGAGAUGCUGAAAAGGCGGUGUCUAAGUGGCUAAUUGGUGCCAGGGACAGGGGAGGAAACCGCACAGCGAGGGCACGUGGUGGAGAGCAAGAUGGGGCCGCUGGGAGAGCGACAACAGAAGACUGAGAUUCUGUACUUUUGUUUUUGUUUGUGAAUUAUAGUUUUCUGACAGGACUGAAAAACUGCACUUUUGUUUUGUUUCUGAAAUAUAAAGUUUGUCAAAAGCUUUCACUUUUGAUAGU